AUGGAUUUCCAGGCUGACCUGUACACCGAAUGGUCACUCUCUUUGCCUCUCUGCCGCUUUAGGAUGCCUGGAAGCAGUGAAGCAUCCGACCAGAGUCCAGGGCCUCUCCGCCCCUUGACCAUGACUCGCGGCAGCCACCGUGUGGACUGCAUCGUCUGCUUCGGCUCUUACGACCUCUCAGGCCGGCUGCCCCGCCGCCUCUACUGCGGGCACACCUUCUGCCAGGCCUGCCUCCGGCGCCUCAAUGCUCCGGCCAACGAACAGUGGUGGAUCCCAUGCCCGCAAUGCCGGCAGAGCACUCCCACCCCCCGAGGAGGGGUGGCCAUGCUGGACCUGGACCUGACAGCCUUUCUGGCAGUCAAGAACGAGAGGGAGCACCCUCCACGAGGCUCUGGGAGGACCAAGGCCAAGGCCAAGACCAAAGAAGAGCCAGUCACCCGGCAGCCAGACGGCAUGUGCCAGGAGGCCCUGCCCCGGGCCCCUUUCCCGGAAAGCGACUGCUGCGGCCACUGCCUCUGCUGCGGGACCACCGCCACCUUCCAUAGCUGACUGCAGGGGCCUUCUCGGGCCCUUAGAAACAAAGGCUAAGAGGUGCAAGGUUUGCACCAGCGGAGAAGCAUGAGAUUCCUGCCGCCACUCUUUGCAGCAGUGGACCCAAUGACCCAGAGCAGUUCUGAGGAUGCCUUCCCUGGACGUCUUCAAAAAUCGCCGGACCAGGUCCUGAUGCUGGGGAGGCUCCACUGGAGAUUGAAUGGUUCCAUCUGCAUGGCCUGAUCUCUACUCGAUUUGGAGCUGUAUAUAAACUCUUCUGAACAAGUCAUACCCUUUGAGGGCAAUCCUUCUGGUACCUGGAGCUCUCUUGUGUGUUUCUGCGUGUUGUUUUUUAACAUGGUGACCCUUCCAGCUUAUUUUCUUUCUGCAUCUCCUUGACAUGGCUUUCUCUUCGACAUUGAAACUUUGGCCACUAAUGGUCAUAAGGAUACAUAAGGUGACAAUACGUAAAAAGAGGAGGGUAAUCAAU